UCCUUUGAUGUGGUCAUGACUAACACAGUGGUGCAACCACAGGCUGGGGAAUUACCAGCUGAUUAAAUACAAGAUGGAAGCUGGGCUGCUAGCAGAGCUCUCCACACUGCCAGCGGACCAACCGACCAAGAGAGAAGCUUGUCACAGAUGCAGACGUCCACUUCGUGUGUGCAUCUGUGACUGCUUUCCCAGUGAGCCCAUUCGCACAAACACAUCCGUCAUUAUCCUACAGCACCCCAACGAGGAGAGUCGUUGCUUGGCUACUGUACCUUUGCUGAAAGAGUGUUUACUACCACACAAAUGCCUCGUCCUCAGAGGAAAGAGAUUCAACUCUAGCAAGAACCAGGUCUUGCAGUCAGCCAUGAGAGCUCCCAAUACCUACCUCCUCUUCCCUGGGGUCAAAGCUAUAGACAUCCACACCCUCCCUCCGGCUGGUGUCCAUGGUAACCCACCUACGCUCAUAGCCCUUGAUGGUACAUGGUCUCAAGCUAAGGGUAUGUACCAUCACAACCCACAGCUAGGUCGUCUGGUUCAAGUGCAGCUUGGUGUGGAGUGUGCUAGUGAGUACGUCAUCAGGACACAGCCGACGCACACAAGUCUCUCCACACUCGAGUGUGUAGCUCACGCACUAGCCUGGCUUGAGCAAUCAUCAGAUAUGGUGGAGAGUUUGGUUCGGCCCCUGAGAGGACUGUGUCAGCACCAGCUAGACCAUGGAGCAGUGGUUCAUGUGAGCAAAGACCACCCACAGUAUGUCUCCAGGUGGGAGAACAAGUCACAAGAAUUGAACAAAGAGGAAGAAAAUAACAGCCAGACAGAAUAACAGCCAGAUAGAAUGAACUAUGUACAUUGCAGUAAUAGAGUUACUGAGUUCUUUUUGCCUUGUCUUGUAUUUCUACCGCCUGCUCCUGUAUAAUUGUGUUGUUUAUGGCUUA